GGUAGCUUUGCGGCUAGGUAACUAGCAUUAGCUCCUGCAAAGUUUGGGGUUUGUAACUACCUUUAGAAGAUGGCAACAGAAGCAAAACGAGUCAAGGUGGAUGAUGGUGCAGAGCUCACCCCCCUGCAGAGCUUUCUACAGUGGUGUGACAGAGUGGGUCUGGUGCUGAGCAGUAAGGUGUAUGUGAGUAAAGAAGGGACAGCGGCUGAGUAUGGGAUGCUGGCGAAGGACAACAUAGAAGAAGGAGAGGUUUUAUUCACCAUCCCCAGAUCAGCUCUUCUCCACCAGGGAACAACGAAGGUUUCUGCUUUGCUGGAAAAAGAGAAAUCAUCUCUGGAGAGCUCUUCUGGCUGGGUUCCCCUGCUGCUGUCUCUUCUGUAUGAGUACACUACGUCCCAGUCCCACUGGAAACCCUACCUCUCUCUGUGGACCAACUUCAAGACGCUGGACCAUCCCAUGUUCUGGCCUAAAGAGGAGAGAGAGAGACUGUUGAGGGGAACCGGUGUUCCAGAGGCGGUGGACACAGACUUGAACAACAUCCAGCGGGAAUACACAGACGUGGUCUUGCCUUUCAUGAUCAGACAUCCUGACCUGUGGAACCCCAACACACACACCCUGGAGCUCUACACAAAGCUGGUGGCCUUCGUCAUGGCCUACAGUUUUCAAGAGCCGCAGGAAGAGGAAGACGACGAAGAGGAUGAGGAAGAGGAGCAGGCCCCCAACCCUCCGAUGAUGGUUCCCAUGGCCGACAUGCUCAACCACGUGUCCAAUCACAAUGCCAAUCUGGAGUUUACACCGGACAGCUUGAAGAUGGUUUGCGUGCGUCCUGUUCGCAAAGGCGACGAGGUGUUUAACACCUACGGACAGAUGGCCAACUGGCAGCUGCUUCACAUGUACGGCUUCACCGAGCCAUAUCCGAGCAACAGCAAUGACACUGCUGACAUCCCCGUCACCAACCUGUACGAAGUCGUCACACAAGGUAUUCAGUCUGAUUUGUACCGGCAGCUGAAGGAGGAGCAGUGGGAGACGCUGUGUGAGAUGAUGCAGGAGAAAGCGGCCUUUAUCUUCGGUAAACAGGGCUGCCUUACAGACACAGAGCUGCAUACUGCGCUCAAGGUGCUGUGCAUGUCGCAGGAAGAGUUCUCAGACUUCAAAGACAACGAAGGAUGGGAGGAAGAUGAUGAGGACGACGAGAAGAUCUCCCAGGCUUUCUCCAACGAGGGUCUUCCUGAGUUAAAGGCCCCGUGGAAGUGGUUGAUUCAUGAGGCGGCACGUCUGACUCUGAGGUCCUACGGAGACGAGGAGGGGAAGCUGGAAGACAACAUGGUGGACGGCGACCGGGCACUGAUGGAGGACAAGGCAGCUGCUGCAGGACUGAGCUGCAGGCAGUGGAGAGCACUGCAGGUUCGCUACGGACAGAAGAGCAUCCUGCACAGACUGAUGGAGCUCACCAAGUCAUGAGUCUGCCUGCAACAAAGACUGUUUCUUCAUCCUUUGUUUCUUAAAACACACAUUAAAUAAAUAUUUUUCUUGAAGAUGG